AUGGAGGACGUUACUGAGAGCCUCGCCGCGGCGUGGAAGGAGGCGAUGAAGGGCGUGAGGGUCGGCUACAGAAAAACGAAGUCGGUGCUGAAGCAGAUCCCGGUGGACCGCCUCAAGGCAAUCUCGGGCACCGGCGGCGUCAUGUCGCACGGCGACAUUCGACGCUUCUUCCAAAUGAAAUACGGAGCCGAGGUGCGCAACGCCGAGGGAGAGCGCGUGGCGGCGGACGAGGCCAGCGAUGUGGCGAGCUCCGAUGAGGAGCCGCUCACCGACGCGCAGGUGCAGGAGAAGGUAGACAAAAAGUUCUUUGACAAGACGUACGACCCCGCCAUAUUUGAGCUCGAGCACUUGGACGGCUUUGCGUACACCGACGACGAAGCAGCAGGCCGGCUGAUGCGCGAGGCCGCGGAGGGGAAGAUGCGGGAACUGCGCCAAAAGUGCAACAUUGUGAGCACAACGCUCAAGCGACGAGUGUUGGCGCAUCACCACUCCUUCGUGAGUGGUACGGAGAAGAUUCGCGACAUCAACGACAGCUUGCUCAUGACCUCGAGCGACUGCAAGAAGGCACGCGCGGCGAUUCGUAAGUCGAAGGCUGCCGUGGCUUCGCAGGUGGCGUUGCUGGCGCAGCAGCGCACGAAGGAGAACGUGGAGGCGACGAUUCAGCUGCUGGAGGCAAUGCAAGCGAUGUGUGGGAAGCGAACACAGCUUAUGAACCUCAUCUCCAGCGGCAAGGUGCAUGAGGCGGCCGGCUUCCUGAAGCGGUAUGGCCCCAUCGACAUGGAGAGCUCGCUGGCAAAGAUCUACUGCAUGAAGCCGGUGAUGGCAGAGUGGCGCAUGUACCGCGACAACCCCAAGAAGCUCACCGACUGCAUCGAGAUGGUGCUCACCGACUGCCUGACGAACAAGUUCAUUGUACCGAGGUACCGCAACGCGCUUGAAGCCUCGCAGGACCUCGGCUGUGCCAGUCAGACGUGCGCGUUGGUGGCAACGCUGGUGUGGCGCGCGGCGAUUCAGAUUCUGUGCAAGUCCCUGACAGAGGUGUCGUUUGUGAAGAGCGAGGACGCCCCACUGGCAGACAUUGCAGAGGGCAUACACCCUGACUACCUCAUCCUCGGCGUUCGGCAGAUGGCUGCGAAGUUGAUGGACUUCUUGUAUCUCUACUCCACAGUAGUGCGGCUCCACGAAGAGGAACGCCAGACCGACUCUCCGUACGCCGGCUUGCACACUCAGGCGCUGCAGUACGUGCAGGACACAGGUCGUAAAGUCGGUCGUGACUUGGUCGAGAAGCUGACGGUGGUCCUCUCGAGCGCACGCCUCGCCUCGAUCGACCCAGACCGUGUGCUGCACCUGUUCGUGGUGGUGAGUAUGCUGACAGAGGCGUUCGGUGUGUUGGGACUUGAAAAGGCGGAGAAAGCCGCGGCCCGAACGCAGACCAAGGCGGUGCUGCUGCAUCACAUGCAGAUGCACUUCCAGACACCCAAGGCUCACGAGGUUCUGGCCUUCAUGGCGGAGGACGACUGGGUUGUGAGUCCUGUCUCUCCUCCGUCGCUGAACAUGGUGAAGCCGCUGUCCCCCAAGAACUUCAAGAGCUUCAUCAAGGAGGUGAAGCGCUACCUGCAUCAGAGCACCGACGAAGGUUCCCUCGCCGCGGGGGCGAUGCCGUUCAUGGAGAACCCGUUCCUCACUCUAAAGAUGCUGGAGCCUGCCGACACUUCCAGCCUUGUGCAAACGCAGAGUUUCGGUGCUUAUUGGGCCACAGCGAAGACGGGCUGCGCGGCGGCCGCCACCGGUGACUCUGCGGACUCCAUCGCCACGAUGCGCGACGUGGGGACUGGCUUAGAGGCUGCGCCGGUCAGCAUCCAGGACACGGCUACGCUUGCGUCGUCGGUGGACAUGCCGCCCUCCGUCCUCACCUCCAGCGCCAUUUCCGUCGCCAACGCAUUCCUCGAGUACCAGGCCCGCAUAGCAGUGCGGUUCCCUCCCUUGGCGGCGGAUAUCCUUGGCUGGUGCGAGGAGCUGCUGUGCCUCUACUUCUACACUGUCGUGGACAGCUUUGUGUCGGUGUCGCGCAGUGUGCCGAUCGAGCAUCAGGGCGACUUUUCCGCGAACGCGCAGCGUGUGUUGGCUGAGGUGCGCGCGGCAGGAGAGCGUGCGGUGGGGGCGGUAAAUGGGCAGUACACCCCGAAAGAUCAUGCCCGGCAUCUGAGCGGCGGUAGCGGUGUCGGCGUCGCUAACGCGACAACCUUUCGAUUCCCGCCCGUCGUCUGGGGCCGUCUGUCCAACGAGUUCACGAGCGCCGCACAGCAGUUUGCCCUUGGCAACCGCACAGUGGCGUGCCAGUCGGUGCUCAGCCUCAUCUUUCUCUACGAGGCCACCAUCCAGACAAUGAGCCCACUCCUUCCGGUGGCCACGGUGCAGUCCUACAUGCAGCGGUGCCGUGUGCUCUACGAGGCGGCGCACGAGGUGCUGCAUGUGUGCAUCCACCGGUUGUGCCAGGCUACCUGCCCCAUGGAGAGCGUUUGCAAAAGCAUUGCGAAGCUGAAGAGCGGAAAGGACGAAGUGAUGGUGAGCUCGUACGUGGCGCAGCUUGUAGGCAGCAUGAAGGCGCUCAACGAGCGACGUGUCCCGAUGCCGACCCCGGCUCUUGAAUCGGUCUUCUUGCAGCGUCUCAUCUUUGCCGCGCAGGCCGUGCUGGUACGGGAGUACAGCAAACUCUCCAAGAAGCGCAUGAGCGAUCUCUUCGUGAUGCAGCUGCAGGUGGAUAUGCAGUUCUUUCAGCAGCAGGUCGCCUCCGUCUUUGGCAAGUCUUCGGUCGUUGUGCCCGACUACGUACUGCGGCUGGUGAAGGCGGGUUUUUUCACGGAUGACAAGGCGCAGUGCUUGCAGUGGGUGCGCUCCAACCAUGGCCUUUACUACAUUGUGGAUCUCAUCAACUGGCUUGGGGCGUCUGAUAAGCCUUUCAUGCUACAGCUGGAGGACCUGCUGAUCCGCGAGCUGAAGCACCAGGACAUCCUCCCCAUGGAUGGCUUUGCUCUCUGA